GUAGCAAGGGGAGAGGAAAAUAAUCUGAAAGCCUUGAGUGAAGAGAGAAUCUGAAGCUUUGGAGAGCCAAUGUCCAAAAUCCGUGGGUUUAAUGGCAAAAAAGAGGCUGCCUGAGCUUGGGGCAAAAAUUGUUUCCUAUACUUUCCGUAGAAUAGGCUUUGUGAGUUUAUUCCAACAGUCAAUAGCAAUAUGGCACUUUUCCUGCUCUGCAAGUCUCCUGCAGGCCCGGUCAGAAUGAAAAGAAUACAGCUUCUCCUGUGCUGUUUCGUACUGUCACUUAUCAUAUACUUCUUUAAUGGACAUAAACCUGCUGUCAAUUUGAAGUCAGCCCAUCCCUUAACUGAGGUAUUGGGAAUGAAGGAUGGAACAAUACUGAAAGACAUGUCUGCAAUCAAGACAGUGGACUCAAAAACUCCACAGGAGACAUCAUGGGGAGCUCCUUUAGUGUGGGGUGACAGCCACAAUUCAGUGGGGCGGAGGGCCAGUCUCUCAGAACGAGGAAUCCACGUAGGCCUGCUGGCCCUUGUGGUCGGAACUUAUGCUCGGUUUGUCCGUCAUUUCCUCUCUUCAGCUGAAACCCACUUUCUCCCUGGUCAGAUGGUCACGUAUUACAUUCUUACAGACAAUCCUCGUACUAUGGAUCCUCCGGUUGAGCUGGGCCCUGGACGACAGAUGAAGGUGCUUCCAGCUGCGGAGCUGCCUGGUUGGGACAGGUUAGCUUACCGUCGCAUGGUCCUAUUUGCCGAAGCCAUUUGGGACUUGAUUGGCAAUGAGGUUGAUUACGUCUUCUGCACUGAUGUUGACCAAGAGUUUGUGGGCCCAGUAGAGGAAGAAAUCCUUGGAGACCUCGUGGCUACGCUUCACCCAGAGUUUUUUCAAAUGCCACGAAAUCAGUUCCCAUACGAAGACCAAGAAGAUUCAUCUGCUUGCGUGGAGGAGGAUGAGGGGGACUACUAUUACACCUCAGAGUUUUAUGGUGGGGUAGUUUCUCAGAUGCGCAGACUUGCUCGAGACUGUUCUUUGCUCAUACUUCAGGACCAGGCGAACAAGGUGACAGCCAGAGCACUGGAGGAAAGCUACUUAAACCGCUACCUGAUCGACCACAGGCCGUCCUGUGUGCUGUCACCAGAGUACAGCUGGUGGGAUUCGCCCAUGACUGCUCACGUGCCUAAAAAGAGGCUAGUAUCAUUAGGAAGGCAGUGUGAUGUUUAUGAUAUGAAGAAGAGAGAGCAACAGAAAUGUUGAAAUAUUAAGAAAGGAAGUAUAGGAGAGUUCUGCAGUUUACACCCAUUUAAGUAUGCAGUGGCUUGCAAAAGUAUUAAUACUCCCAAAGACCAACACAAAGGAAAAUCAUACAUGGUUUUCUAAAAUUUAUUGCAAAUAAAAAUAAAAGUAUGGCAUCAAAUAAGCUUGACUGGAUUUAGGUCAGGACUUUGAGUUGGCCAUUAUAAAGAAUGAAAAUGCUUUGAUCUGAACCAUCCCACUGUAACUCUGGCUGAAUUUUUAAUGUCGUUUUUAUGCUGUAAGGUGGACUUCCAUCCCAGUCUCAACUCUUGUGCAGCCUCUAACAGGUUUUCUUCCAGUAUUGCCCUGUUUAGCUUCAUUCAUCAUCUCUGAUCAGCUACCCAGUUCCUCCAGAAGAAAAUAAUUCCCACAGCAUGAUGCUGCCACCACAACAUUUCAAAUUGGGGAUGGUGUGAUCAAGAUGAUCUGUAAUGUUAGUUUUUCACCACACAUAGUGUUUUGCUUCUAGGCCAAAAAGAAAAGAUUUGGAGCAGCUUCUUCCACAUGUUUGCCCCUGCACGGCUGGUGGCAAACUGCAAAUGGGAUUUAUUUCGCACUGGCCUUCUUCUUGCCUCUCUUCAAUGGAAGCCAUUAGUGGAACUAACAGUCAUCAACAUAUACCUGAGCUGGGGAUCUUUACAGUUCCUCCACAGUAUUUGUGACUGCUUUUCUAAUUGAUGCUCUGUCAGUUUAGGCCUAUCAGUUUAGGUGGUUUGCCGUAGCUUGGUAGGUUUUGCAGUUGUGCCACACCCUUUCUGUUUCUGGAUAAUGGAUUGAAUGGAGCAAAGCUUGGGAUAUUGUUUUAUAACCUAAACCUUUAAACAUCAUCUCAACUUUAUCCCUGACCUGUGUUUUGUGUUCUUUAGCCUCAUAAUGCUAUUUGUUCACUGAUUUCCUCUGCCUGCACUGAACAGCUGGAUUUAUACUGAGAUAAAAUUACGUUAAGUUUGUGGUAACGUGCCAAAAUUUGAAAGACAAAAAAAAGAGCAAUGGAUACUUUUGCAAGGCACUGAAGAUGUAAAGUCUAUCUCAAGCCUUUCUAUUAAGGUGGAACCUUACCAGAUAACAAAUAAGAGAAAUGUCAUGAGAAUGCACAUUUUGGAAGGAUCUCCUUUAAGGAUUCAGAUUUUUUUAAUUGACUUUUUUGUAAGAUUAUGAUUGUUAUCAUGCUCAAGCUAGCUGCACAAUCUGCACUGAAUUAAAUGUCCAUGUGUGUCAACAGUGCCUUUGCAUGCAUGCUAUCUCUUCCCCCUCAGACAAAGAGAAACUGACGGUCUCUUUAAACAAAGCAUGGUUCUCUCCAUUAAUGUCAGGCUCAGAGACACAUCUCCUGUGGCUUUGUGGUCUGCAGCGAUAAGAGACAACAGUAAGUGCACACUUUCCCCAUAGUGGCCAAUCAUUAACUGAAAGAGCUGCUGUUCCAAGGUCUUUAAAGACCAGAUGGGUGAAAAUGGAAUCAAAUGGAGAGUUGUUUUUAACAGGUUGCACAUGGAAAAAAAUUGGGAGUUUUGUCAAGAAUUUAUGCAACAGGCACAGAAUAUUUUGUAAUUCGUCUUAUUUUUAAAUGAAAGGCUUAUUUGACUAAUUUGAUUCUGUUUGCUGUUGUCUGCUUCCUUCUCUCCCACAAACACAAACAUGCUCCCACGUUAACACAUAGACCUUGCUGUCUUGUGUGCUGUGUUUUUAAUAGGAUGGUUAAAGAGAAGCAGAUGUUUUCUUCUCACUGCCAACAGAAUCUGUCCUCAGGGCCAGAUUGCCACGUGGAGUGGAGAGGAGAGGAGAGGGAGGUGAACUUCAAACAACCCUGUGCUUCUGAAGAGUUAUUUCUGGUAUACGAAUGAAAAGUUAUCUGUUUGAAACUUUUCAAAUUGGACUAAACAAUAAAUUCGUACUAGACAGUAAACUUCAGCUUCAUUAUUUUCUAGUUUUACAUAUGAGGAUAAAAUGUAUACCGUUGUUUGAUUCUUAAAAAUGUGUCACUGGUGUGGUAUUCUGCUGCUUUAACCCAUCAGAUGAUAUUCCACAUUACCUGGGUUGUGAAACUCCCCUGUCCUUUGAAACCAAGAAAGCAUUUUUUUCAUCCACACAACUGCCACUCAACUGAUGAUAUUGUUUUUGUUCUACUGUAAAGUGCUUUGAGUUGUCAGCAUGACUGGAAAGAUGCUAUAUAAGUUCAGUUCAUUUAACAACAAAGCCAUGCUCAAAGUCACUUAAAUUCCCUUUGUUCCCUAUUCUGAGGUUUGGUUUCAACACAUCUAGAUGGUUAAAUGCACUGUUACUGCCAUGGCCAUCCAUCCAUCCAUCAUCUAUACUUGCUUAUCCUAGCAGGGUUGUGGGAUGGCUGUUGCCAGUCUCUGGAGGUCAUUGGUUGAGAGGUGGGGUGCCCUCUAGACAUAUGACCAGUCCAGUUUUAUUAUGUAAUCUAAAUUUUACCAAUAUGUUUUUAAUUUACAUUUUUGUUAAAAUGUAAGUACAAAUACAUAAAUUGCAACCUUUGUCUAAAAUUUUUUGUAUAAAACAUGUCAGGUGUAGAAAGUACAGUCAGAUAUUUAUGACAUGAAAAUAGUUGAAAUAACAAUAAAAUUAAGCUCAAAUCCAGUGCAACUGUCGCUAUUACAUGAAAAAACAAAGUAAAUGUGAAUAAAAGAUUAGAAAAGCUGGUGCCAUUUUAUGAAUUUCAAGCACCUUUUAAAGAACAAUAGAAAUUCAUAUCUGACUAGUGGAUGCAAAAAUUGUUGGUCCUAUACUCCAGAUGGUUUUUGUUAUACCUAACAGAGCUUGAGCCAUGAUAAACAGGCAUACCCCCGAUCCUACACUCUGAAUAGAGUGAAAGUAAUAUGGCAUAUGCAUACACAAUCACCUUUAUAGAUACAGUACUCAAUGAAAUUGUCUAAAGACAUUCAUAUUAACCCCCUCAUUUCCCUCCUCAGAGCAGUUGUUUUCAAAUACCGUUCUGUUUUUGGUUUUCACCACAAGGAUUACGUAACUACGCAUUGAUCUUUAGAACACCUCAUGGUGUCAAGUCAGUCAACAUACCUGGCUAGAUUGCAGUUUUCAUCAUUUCAAUUGUCAUGCAACUUUUUAUCCAUCAAUCCAAAGAAGAAUAUUGUUUUUAUGCUGUUUUUUUUUGUCAACGAGCAAUCAUUGUCUUUCACUCACACCUUGUUUCUCCCUGGUGUCAUCUGUCUAAAGCCUCUGCCAGGUUGUGGUAUGAACCACACAGUGCAUUUAAAAUGUGCAAGUAUCAUUUUAACAGAAACUUCACUCAAAAAACAUACGCUGCAUAGUAGCUUUCUAAAUACAUCAUAUCUAAAACUGUAAUUUGAAUUAAACAGAUUUUUGUUUGUUUAUCA